UUCUCACAAAGACAAGUGCCAUCUUAUUAUUGAUAAUUAAUUAAUAACAUAUCAAAAAUAACAAGUUCUGAUUAAUGUAGGUAAGUCAAGACAAGAAUGUCAGUUUGCAAAAGCACUUUGCGAUCGCAGCGAUUCCUGGGAAUUCUUAUGAAAUGCAUCAAUAUAACGCCGCGUCAGUUGCGCGUGCGUGCAACAUGUAACGCACUCCUGUCCCGACGAGAGUUUCCAUUAUCACUAUUAUUAGAACAAAAAAAAACGUACGGACUCAAGGCAAGUUUGUUGUUGCUACGUCGACUCGAAAAAGUAGUAACUGUCGACACGGCUUGUCGGCUCGACAGAAAGAAGAGCGUAUUUUUACAGUCCAAAGGCCAUAACUACUGUUCAAGAAAGAACAACUGUUCCGUGAAGGGCGGCCGGGAGUUUAUGAAAAUUAGAAUAGUUCGGUGAAUGUUUUUUUGAG